UUCUGGCAAUCCUAUAAGAGUCUCAUCCUUCAGCUCAGGACAGUUCAUCAUAUCCAGCAAAAAAAAAAAAAUGGAAGAAAGAGGCCUAGGUGGAGAUUUUGCAACUAUGGAUCCAGUCACCCCAGAUGGUAGUGUGGAAUAUCCAACAAUGGAUACAUAUAUUCCAGCUGAUCCUCCACCUGUCAGCAGUGAGUUCCUGAUCCCAGAUUGGCUGAACUUCACCAUUGCCCUGAUUGGUCUGGCUGGAAACAUAGUUGUGCUCUGGUUUCUGCGAGACCGCACACAAAGGAAUUCCAUCUCAGUCUACGUCAUCAACCUGGCUGUCGCUGACUUCCUUUUCCUCUGUACCUUCAUCAUAUUGUACGUGGUGGUGUUCACUGGCCAAGUUAACCCCGUGCACUAUGUGUAUUUCCAUGUUAUGAGGCUUUUUUCCUAUAUCACAGGUGUCAGUAUGAUCAGUGCCAUCAGCUCAGAGUGCUGCCUCUCAGUCCUGUUCCCCAACUGGUACCACAGUCAUCGCCCAAGACAUACAUCAUCUGUCACAAGUUCUGUGCUUUGGGUUGUAGCCUUUCUUCUUGUUAUCCUGACAUACACCUUGUGCAUCACACUGUUUUACACCGCAGAUGAUAUAUGCCGGAUAAUGCAUUUCAUCACAGCUGCAUGGCUGAUCUUUUUAUUUGUGGUUCUCUCUGGGUCCAGCCUGGUCCUGCUGAUCAGGAUUCUAUGUGGAUCUGGGAGGUUGUUGAUAACUAGGUUGCAUGUGACCCUUGGUCUCAGAGUGCUUGUUUUCUUUCUCUGUGGCCUGCUUUUAGGCAUUCUGUGGAUUAAAUCUGGAACUAACAGUUAUAUUUCCAACAGUCUUUGGAGCAUUGCUGGUUUCCUUUCUAUCAUUAAUAGUAGUGUCAACCUCAUUAUUUACUUUUCUGUUGGCUCCUUUAGACAUAAGUCUCUGUGGCUGUCUGUCCAUAAAGCCUUGGAGGAUGUAACUGAGGAGUAGAAAAGUGGAGAAAGUCUUCCUCAGUAAAACAUGAAAUGUCAGAAUCUUUUUAAUGUAUGGAUUCUAUAUCUCCUAGGGAUUACAAAGGCCAUAACCCUUUACCGAUAUAGAGAUAGAGAGAUAGAUAGAUAGAUAGAUAGAU